ACAUGUUCAGUGUCACAGUACCUACUUAUAUUCGCGCAUCUUUUUGCAGGAUAUAUUGAACCUAAUUAGUAAAUACCUAAAUAUGAAAACAUGGAGAACGACGUGACAAACUAUUCAGUGAUAGGACGGAUUGGUGAAGGCGCUCAUGGUCUUGUAUUCAAAGCACGGCAUUUAUCUACAGGUCGUGAAGUUGCCUUGAAAAAAAUUCUGAUCAAAAACCUCGAAGAUGGAAUACCAGUGAAUGUUAUGAGGGAAAUCAAAGCUUUACAGCUUCUAAGAUGUAAAUACAUAAUAAAACUUUACGAUAUGUUCCCCCGAGGUAUGAGCUUGGUUUUGGUAUUGGAAUACAUGUGUUCAGGAUUAUGGGAGAUGCUGCAUCACAACCAGCAAGAGCUGACACUUCCAAGAGUCAAAACGUAUGUCCAGAUGUUGCUUAAAGGAACGCGUUAUAUGCAUGCCCAUUACAUUAUGCACAGGGAUUUGAAACCUGCAAAUCUGUUGAUAAAUCACGAGGGCAUUCUGAAAAUAGCAGAUUUAGGUCUUGCGCGUCUCUAUUGGCCUGAUGGUGGUAGACCAUACUCGCAUCAAGUAGCAACAAGAUGGUAUCGAGCACCAGAACUUCUCUACGGAGCUAGAUUCUACACAGAAAAAGUGGACCUCUGGGCUGUCGGGUGCAUUAUUGCAGAAUUAAUUACAAAACAACCAUUAUUUGCAGGCGAAUCCGACAUAGAACAAUUGGCAAUAGUUCUGCAGCACUUGGGUACACCCACCGAGGAAACAUGGCCGGCGCACUCUGAAUUACCUGACUUCCACAAGAUAACAUUUCCUGAAUCCUUCCCAACGCCAUGGCCUGAUUUGUUGCCAGGCGUAGAACCAGAUGCUGUGCAACUUGUUAAAUCUUUCGUACUCUACGACGCUAAUAAGAGAAUUUCGGCGAAAGAGGCCAUAAGACAUCCUUGGUUUCAAAAUCGACCACUGCCAGCAACAAUUGAAGAAAUGCCAAAACCUGGUGCCAUUAAAUCAAAAUAAUACUCCUUUUUUUCUACAUUUAGUUAAGUACUAUUAUAGUACUGUCUAUGACAAUGAACCAUCUAACUAACCCUAUCCAGCAAAAAACGAAUCAUGAAAUCGGGCAC